UAUCACUAAUAAAUGCACACCUGUUAGUGACAGAUGGAAUUCGGUAAUACACUGUAUCUGGUGGAUACGUAAGAACUAGUUAAAUAUAAAAAUCACGUCAACAAAAUAAAAUACUAUCUGGACUCUCGUCUGGCUUGCUUACAAGUGCGUGCAAGUUAUUCACGUCUUCGAAGAUGUCGACUAACAAGAUGUAUUUAUUUUUCUUCGUUUCAACAAUGUUGGUUGUUCCCUCUAAGAUGGCCUGUUGGAUUGAAUCGGGAAAUGGGAAGAGUUGUCAACAUGAAGGACACACCCUUGCCCUGAAUGAAGUGUAUGAAAACAACUGGGGUCCCAGAUGUUACAAAUGUACCUGUAGAACGUUUGGCUUAUCUUGUUGCGACACAGGCACAGUUAUUAUUCGAGAAGGCCUACCAUCGAACUGUAAAGUUAUAAAGAAAGGAUGCCAUGAGGAAGCUGUAAGCAAGACGGAUGAAUCUAAACCUUGUGACGGGCCUGUAAGAGCCGUACUGGGUUAAUUUGUUUAAGAAGUAUAGCAGAAUGGCAAUUAAACAUACUGGAUGCUGUAUCAACUGUCUAUACAUGUACAACAUUAUAUUGAAUAAAGGAGUAAUAUCGCC